AUGAGCCUCCAAGGGCCUGAGUUGAAGAAACUUGGCAAACCAAAGCGACCGAUCUCACAGAUGGCCUAUUAUUUCCAGGACAGGAUGCUAGAGUGGGACCACUCGGGCACAGUGACGAAAUAUGUGCAGCAGUGUGGGGACCACUGGAAGUCUUUGUCCGAAGCCGAGAAAAUGCAUUACAAGAAGCGGGCGGAGGCGGAUAGAGGGCGCUACGACACGGCGAUGCACGCAUGGGAGGCGAGGAUGCUUGCGGACGGCCGCCCCGAGCUGCUGCGCACGCGCACGCUCGCAGACGAGAGACGGCGGGAGAAGCAGGAAGUGAAGGAGAGGGAGGGCAGCGACUGACGGGGGUGAGCGGGAACCGAGACAACAGCAGAGAUUGUCACAUGAGAGAGAGGAAUUGGAUCGAUUGGAGACAGAAGAGAUCAGUAGAGAAAAUCGAAUUGGAUAGGCUCUCCUUGACUUCCUUGGUUUUCCAGGGAUUGUGGGAAGUCGAGAUUGAAUCGAUUCAGCAAUUCAGUUCAGGGACGUCCUGAGUCGUGACCUCUUUGGUCUUGCAAGCAGAGUAGAGAUGUGCAAUCUUUUUUGAAGGGGAAGGAAGAUCACAAGAAACAAAAAUGUUUGUAGCAUCAAUGAUAUAAAAAUGGAAUAUCGAUGGCACGUUAACUGCCUUGUGUCGCGUCAAGUCACGUGCGACCUCGACUACACAAUGAACUCGGCCAUGUAGUUAAAAUCUCUGCCACUAGAUGGCAGAGUGGAGUGAUAAUUACCGACUGUAGCUUUAGUAGUGUUCUCGGCUGUCCGCCCGAGCAGGUAACAAGUUGUAAUGUCAUUCCCAGGCUUUAUGAGUUCUUGGUGAUAACGUAGAGAAUAGAUCAGGUGGCACGGUAAUGACCAGUGGAUCUGUGUUGUAGCCGUGAGAUGGGUUUACGGGAAAGUUGCGGGAAAGUUGCAGAUGAGACAGGUUGUUUACUUACUGCACCAUGGCACCUGUUUAAUGUGAUGACAGUGAGUCUUUUGAGCAUUUUAUAUUUGGGUCAAAUUUGUUAGAACUGUUUCUCGAAAGUUUUGUACCUAAAAAUAUUCUUACAAUAUCGUGGUACUCAAAACACCAUGGCAUACCAUAGAACAUGUUGUUAGGCAAAUAAUAAAUAGUUUUUAUGUAGUAGAAUGUACAAGCAGUAAAGCUUGACUUGAACUGUAGGAAACGUAUUACUAUGAGUAGCAUUGAAGUUUUGUAAUAAAAAAACGAGAUAAAAGACUUGA